UUGCUGCGUUCGCCGCUGUCCCGCGCGCCUCCCCGCCAGCAGCCAGCCUCCACUCUCGGAUACCCGAGCCCGAGUCCGAUCCCGGAGCACGGCCCCGGGAGGCGGCGGCUGGAGGCCGAGUGGGACCCGUCACGCCGGGACGGCGGAGGAAGAGAGAGAGACAGGGGAGAGGAGAGAAGGGAGAAGGGGAAGGAAGGAGAGACUCCCAGACCGAGUAGGAGAACCAGGGUCUCCAGCCCUGAGGGCACCUGACCCCAAAAUGUCUAUGGACACCUUAUCCAGCAAAGCAUUAAAGAUCAAGCGCGAGCUGGGCGAGAACACGGGCCCGCACCUGUCGGAUGAGGAGCUGAUGGCGUUGUCGGUGCGGGAGCUAAACCACCACCUGCGGGGCCUGUCCAAGGAGGAGGUGGCGCGGCUGAAGCAGCGGCGCCGCACGCUCAAGAACCGCGGCUACGCCGCCAGCUGCCGCGUAAAGCGCGUGUGCCAGAAAGAGGAGCUGCAGAAGCAGAAGAGCGAGCUGGAGCGCGAGGUGGACAAGCUGGCCCGCGAGAACGCCGCCAUGCGCCUCGAGCUCGACGCCCUGCGCUCCAAGUACGAGGCGCUGCAGGGCUUCGCGCGCUCGGUGGCCGCGCACGGCGGGCCCGCCGCCAAGGUGGCGCCCGCUAGCGUCAUCACUAUCGUCAAGUCCUCGGCCACGGCUUCCGCGGCUGCUGCGGCCAGCCCAGCCACCUGCUCCUCGUGACCGCGGGUCCCGCCCCCCGCUGCCCCUCCCUGCGCGGAUGGGGGGUCCAGGCCCCGCCCACACCAAGGCCCCGCCCUCCCCUCCCAGCCCCGUUCCGCUGAUAGGGUGACCUGGCCCUUGCCCCGCCCCCCGAUCUCAUCCCUGCGCAGAUAGGGCGGUCCUUGUCUAGGCUCCACCCUCAUAUGGGCCCCGCCCCCACGACCGCAUCCCUCCCUCAUGGGAUUUCAGCUUCUCCCCCAAUGCCCCGCCUCCUCGUCCAAGCAUUAACACCUCCCAGGCCACGCCCCCUCCCCUGGCCCCGCCUUCCAAAUCUCCUACUUCAGUCGGCCUGGCCAACGCCCUUCCGUUCCUCGUGCUCCUGAGUGGCAGCUUGCAGCCCCGGGCCCAGCGCUCCUUCUUUCGUCUGGCCCCU